GAGUCUGCCAUGGCUCAAGAAUCUCCCAAAAAUUCAGCAGCAGAAAUUCCAGUGACUAGUAAUGGAGAAGUGGAUGACCCUCAUGAGCAUGGCUUCAGUAGGGAUUUGAAGCGUUCAUUACCAUCUGGACUUGGUCUCUCAGAAACUCAAAUUACAUCCCAUGGCUUUGACGGUACCAAAGAGGGGGUUACUGAAGCAGGAGCAUUUCAAGGUUCCCCAGCACCACCAUUGCCGUCCGUUCUGUCUCCUAGCAGGGUCGCCGCUAGUCACCUGGCUCCACAAGGAAGUGACUUAACUGUCCCCGCAGGUGGGCAGAGAACACAGACCAAAGGCGGACCAGUUAUUCUGGCAGAUGAAAUAAAAAAUCCUGCAAUGGAAAAGCUAGAGCUUGUUAGGAAAUGGAGUCUAAACACCUAUAAGUGUACUCGACAAAUUCUCUCAGAGAAGCUAGGCCGUGGCUCGAGAACUGUGGACCUUGAACUUGAAGCUCAGAUUGAUAUAUUAAGAGAUAACAAGAAAAAGUAUGAAAAUAUUCUAAGACUGGCUCAGACAUUGUCAACCCAGCUUUUCCAGAUGGUGCACACCCAGAGGCAGCUUGGAGACGCGUUUGCUGACCUGAGCUUGAAGUCGCUCGAACUCCAUGAAGAAUUUGGCUAUAACGCAGAUACCCAGAAGCUGCUGGCUAAAAAUGGAGAGACUCUUCUUGGGGCCAUUAACUUUUUCAUUGCCAGUGUGAACACGCUGGUGAAUAAGACCAUCGAGGACACCUUGGUGACCGUGAAGCAGUACGAGAGUGCCAGGAUUGAGUAUGACGCCUACCGCACGGACUUGGAAGAGCUGAACCUCGGGCCGCGCGACGCCAGCACCCUGCCCAAGAUUGAGCAGUCGCAGCAGCUGUUCCAAGUGCACAAGGAGAAGUACGACAAGAUGCGCAGCGACGUUUCCAUCAAGCUGAAGUUUCUGGAAGAGAAUAAGGUUAAAGUGCUGCACAAUCAGCUGGUCCUUUUCCACAACGCCAUCGCCGCAUACUUUGCUGGGAAUCAGAAGCAGCUUGAACAGACACUUAAACAGUUCCACAUCAAAUUGAAAAGCCCUGGAGUCGAUGCCCCGUCUUGGCUUGAAGAACAGUAGAACCACACCUGGGAAGCAAAGGCAGUCGUGUUGCUCUGUUUCUAAACCAACCUAAUGAAAAUGAAACCGAGGUCGAGGGGAGGGGAGGGCUGACGACCAUUGCUGUGACCAUUGCACAAGUGGCUUUAAUUUCCCUUGUUCAUACUGUAACACUCGAACUGUUCAAUUUGAUGGGAAGGCGGGUGGUUUUAACGCAAACAUCAUUUCUAUAAUCAGAACACAAAACUUUUCCUUUUUGAGAAAUCCUUUUGUACCGUGAGGGUGGAUGGCUAUUUCUGUAGUUUGAAAACAUCUAAUAUAGAUUUGCACUGACCUGAUAUAAACUCUAGGUUUUUGGUCCUGGGACUGAGGACCAGUUGUAACUUUUCCAAAGGGAGGUUUACAUGAUUUGUAUCCACAUCAGAUAUUUUAUAUACGAA